AUGGCUGACUACGAUCCCGCUCACCAGAGCGGCGUGUGGGAUGAAAAUGAGGGCUACGAGGUGGCAGAUGGCAACAAUCAAGAAGACAUUAUUCAGCAGCAUAGCAGCGAUGAAGAUCAAGCAGAGUAUUCCGUUGAUUCAGCCCAAGAUGUUUCAGGUGACAUGCCAUCUCCUGAUGGCGCCACCGACGACGUUGGUGACUACGACCCAGCGUCCGUCACAGCUGCGCCCCCGGCGGAAGAGAUCGCCCACCGACCCGAACCAUCACGCGCUGCUAAGCCUAAGCCGCGGACGGCAGGAGGUUUCCUAGUGGGAGACUCCGACUCUGAAGACGAAGCGGCGCCGGCCCCUGCACCGAGUGGUCUCGGUCUGACCGCCGCAUCACAACCCUCUGCCCAGUCUGCCUCCCUCGACCACCAUGCCAUUCCCGCCAAACAGGCCACAGUUGCCCAGUCCGCUCCCAGCCCUGCUCCUCCGGUGAACGUCGCGCCCCCCGCGGGGCAUCUGAGGAAUGGAAGUGGUUCUGCUCUCCCGGCCCCUCCCGAUGUCGGUGCCCCCGUGACAAUUGACAAGACUGCUCAGCUGGAGGAGCGGGUUCGCGAUGACCCCCGCGGUGCUAUGGAAGCCUGGUUGGCGUUGAUCGCAGAGCACCGGUCCAAGAACGACAUCGAACAAUCAAGGCAGAUCUACGAUCGGUUUCUCGCCGUGUUUCCCCAAGCUGCUGAUGUUUGGGCUGAGUAUCUUGCCAUGGAGCUCGACGUGAACAACUUCCCAGAGGCCGAGCUCAUCUUCAACAGGUCCCUCAUGUCCACGCUGAAUGUGAACCUGUGGACGAAAUACUUGGAUUACAUCCGCCGCAGGAAUGACCUAAAUGAUAGCACUGGCACCGCCCGCCAGACUGUGUCGCGCGCCUAUGAGUUUGUUAUUGACAACAUCGGCCUAGACAAGGAUGCGGGCAAGAUCUGGGCCGAGUACAUCCAGUUCAUCAAGUUUGGUCCCGGUACCGUAGGAGGAAGCCAAUGGCAGGACCAGCAGAAGAUGGACCAGCUCCGCAAGGUGUACCAACGGGCUAUUUGUGUGCCCAUCGCAAACGUCAACACUUUGUGGAAGGAGUACGACCAGUUUGAGAUGGGCCUCAACAAGCUGACCGGUCGUAAGUAUCUGGCCGAGAAAUCGCCGUCAUACAUGUCGGCCAAGAGCGCCAACACUGCCCUCGAUAAUAUUACUCGUGGUCUCCAGCGAACGACCCUCCCCCGCCUUCCGCCAGCCCCUGGCUUUGAUGGUGACCAAGAGUACCUAGAGCAGGUUGAGAUUUGGAAGAAGUGGGUGUCUUGGGAGAAGUCGGACCCGCUUGAUCUCAGGGAUGACAAGGACCAGCCUGGCUUGUACCAGAAGCGCAUCCUCUAUGUCUACAGCCAGGCUCUCAUGGCGCUCCGUUACUGGCCCGAGAUGUGGGUUGAUGCAGCCCAGUGGUGCUUUGACAACAACGUUGUAUCCAAGGACGGCAGCCCGACAGGCCUUGACUUCCUUACUAGGGGCAUUGAUGCGAACCCGGAGAGUGUUUUGCUUGCUCUCAAACACGGCGACUACCUCGAGUCCACCCACCCCGUCGAGGAAACCGACGAGUCCAAGAUUGCCCGUGGCAAAGCGGUGCGGGCCCCUUACACCAAGGUCUUGGAUACCCUCUACGAUAUUGUCAAGCGCCUCAAGGACCGCGAGGCUGCGGAGGUCACCCGUAUUGAAGAGGCGGCCAAGGCAGCAAACGACAACUCGAAUAGGCUGGACGAUGAUGAUGAAGAUGACGGCCCCGUGGACCGGAGCGCGAGGGACAGCAGGACGGACGACCAGUUGCGGGCCAUCAAACAAGGAUUUGCCGCGCAAACUCAGCUGCUUUCCCGAACCAUCUCCUUCGUUUGGAUUGCUUUGAUCCGGGCAAUGCGCCGGGUCCAGGGCAAAGGCAAGCCGAACACAGAGCUCGGCGGUAUGCGGCAGGCGUUCCAAGACGCUCGUCACCGCGGCCGCCUCACUAGCGAUGUUUACGCGGCCGUGGCCCAGCUUGAGUGGACUAUCUACAAGGAUCCGGCCGGUGGCAAGAUUUUCGACCGUGGUGCCAAGCUGUUUCCCGAGGACGAGAACUUUACGUUGGAGAACAUCAAGUAUCUCCAUUCCCGUGAUGAUUUCACCAAUGCUCGUGUCCUGUUCGAAACGGUUGUCAACCGCCUGACGCAGAAUCCUGAGCUCGUCCACAAGGCCAAGCCUCUCUAUGCCUAUUUCCACAAGUACGAGUCGCAGUUUGGCGAAUUGGCUCAAAUCGACAAGCUGGAAAAGCGCAUGGCGGAGCUAUACCCGGAUGAUCCAAAGCUAUCACACUUCACAGCGCGGUACUCAACCGACAAGUUCGACCCCAUCGCCGCUCGGAUCAUUGUCUCCCCCAUCACCCAGCUUCGGCCCAAGCUAUUGAUGCCAUCCAUCGAGCAAGGCCCUUCGCUCCAGAACUCGCCCCGCCCGCUGCCCUUCGCCACCCGCGCUAGUCCUGCCGCGCCUCCGUUCAUGCCGGUGACGAACUCGCCCAAGCGGCCCUUGCCUAACGAUGAUUUCGACGAGCCGCCUCGCAAGAUCCAGCGCAACGACUUUGGCGAGUUCCAGCGGGGUGCCUCGCCUCUGAAGGGAGCUGCCGGCCGCCGAUUGGACCAACAGCGCAGGAUGCAGGGUCAGGGUGCGGCUUCAUACACGGCAACGCCAGCUCCCAUUGCCCGGGACAUCACCUUCCUCCUUAGCCAAAUCCCCCGGCCCGACCUCUACGACUUCCACCGCUUCAGCCCUGCCCGAGUGGCCAACCUCUUGCGAGACACUGUUGUGCCGGAGUACUCGGCCUGGAAGACCUCGCGUCAAGGCUCUGAUCACCCCAGCCAGUUCGGGGGGUACUUGAACCGUGACUCCCCCGCCCCAACCGGCCGGCCCAUGAGCCCCUACAUCGGCGGUGACUCUAGCCGUAGUCGCUCAUACAGGCAGAGCUCCCUACGACCCGGGUCCAGCGGGUCUUACGAACCUCCCCCGGCCGCGUUUGCGCAGGGCCCGCCUGCUCCUCAGGCUGGUUACUCAGCCCCGCCACCGGUACAGUACGAAGGUGGUGCCGUCCCGACCUGGCAGCCUUAUCCGCCUCAGUCUGCCGUGCAGCAGGGUUAUCCGGCUGCCCCUCCUCCACCUCACUUGUACGGCCAGGUACCGCCGCCUCCUCCCCAAGGUGGUGGGUACCCGCGGUAUCCGCCGCAUCCUUAUUAG